AACAUGGCAGCAGCAAACCAUUGUACAGUGACUGAAUUCUUUUUUGCUGGGCUUUCAGAGAAACAAGAAGUUCAGCUGCCCCCUUUUCUUCUAUUUGUAGCAAUUUAUCUGAUCACUGUGGCAGGAAACCUGGGGAUGAUUGCAUUGAUUGGGUUCAGUUCCCACCUGCACACACCCAUGUACUACUUCCUCAGCAGUCUGUCCUUCAUUGACUUAUGUCAGUCCACAGUUAUUAUCCCUAAAAUGUUGGUGAGCUUUCUGACAGAAAAGAAUAUCAUCUCCUACCCUGGGUGCAUGACUCAGCUCUACUUUUUCAUCAGUUUUGGAACUGCAGAGUGCUACACAUUAGCUGUAAUGGCAUAUGACCGCUAUGUUGCCAUCUGUAACCCCCUGCUUUACAAUGUAACCAUGUCCUAUGAGAUUUACUGUUCCUUGAUUUUAGUAGUGUAUAUUUUUGCUGUGUUCUGUGCAUCAAUAAACACUGGCUUCAUGAUUAGGAUUCAGUUCUGCAGGUUAGAUGUGAUUAACCACUAUUUCUGUGAUCUUCUUCCCCUUUUGAAACUUGCAUACUCUAAUACCUAUAUCAAUGAAAUAUUGAUUCUAUUUUUUGGUACAGUGAAUAUCUGUGUCCCAAUGCUGACUGUUAUUACUUCCUACAUCUUCAUCAUUGUCAGCAUCCUCCGCAUUCAGUCCAGCGAGGGAAAAUUCAAAGCUUUCAGUACUUGCAGUUCUCACAUCUCUGCUGUUGCUAUCUUGUAUGGUUCUACUGCAUUCACAUACUUACAGCCAAAAUCAGUGAGUUUGGUGGACCAAGGGGAAGUGUCAUCUGUGUUUUAUACUACUAUUGUGCCCAUGCUGAACCCCUUGAUCUACAGCCUAAGGAAUAAGGAUGUCAGUAUUGCAUUGAAGAGAAUUAUUGAAAGAAAAAAUUUCAUGUAAGCAGAAGUCAUGUGAAGAUUAUU